AGGCCACCGCGCGCACCCUGGGCAGUGACUGAGUGGAGUGUGACAGUGGCAGAGGCAGAAACCGCUACAUCUGAGGAAUUACAGCACUACCGUUACUCACAGGCUCCUUCAGUCCGGGAUUUAACAUGAGCGCCGGGACACAGCGGAAGGACUGCGAUUCUGAACACCUCGCCUUGUAAACUCCGUCCUUGUGCUGAGCAUCGAAUAUGAACUUUUUUUCUUGACUGCACUCUACUCUUAUAUGUAAUUGUUUUUGAGCUCCUUUUUUUGGAAAGCAUGAAAAUUGCAAUAGGACUGGAAAACGUUUUUUGUUUUUUAGAGUGAGUGCCGCAGUGCGUGAUUUUACUUUUAUUUUAGUCAUCGAUUAUUAUUUAUGGCCGUUCAAUUAGCACGCGCCCGGGAAGGGCACAAAAUACUUGGCUUGAUGGACCGUUUUCCCAUAUAAAUUCGUUUGACUUGCUGUACUACAUUCCUUUUAAGCCGACUUGAUUCCUACCCAGCCAGUGUGAGUGAACUAAAAAGUAUUUCUUCAAGACCUAGACGAGAGAUUAAAUAUCAUCUUGUCAGCUGGACUGAGCAUUCUUUUGCGCGUAUUUUAUUUCUAAACUUUCCGCCGUCGCCGGAGUUUUUGCAAAGCACAUGGGACAGCGGUUUUCCAGGAACCAAAAAUUCCUUCAAGUGGUCAUAGCGCUGUCACACCGUCCAGCCUGAAGCACUUUUUCGCGUCGAGUUUCAAGGGACUGCGCGCGUCGCGUCACAGACCCAUUUAGAGCGUGAUUGCUAACAGUAACAUAACAAAUCAAUUAUUAUUUGUUUCAUAAGUUCACGUUGCUCGUCCCCGUCGCCCCGGGCGGAGCUGCUGCUCUGGAGAAAUGGGCUGACCGCAGGAGCGCCGAGGUGACACUCCCGGAGGGGACGAUGCGGCUCCCCUGCGCUGCUGUCCCGUUCUGGACCCGCGCGCUGCUGCUGCUCCUCGUGACCGUCGCGCACUGGGGGCUGUCUCGCGCCUGUCCCGAGCUCGCCGCGAGCGGCUGCAGCUGCGCAGACGAGCGCUCCAAGGCUCCCGGCGCGCCGCUUGAGCGCAAGCGAGUGAGCUGCGCUGGGGAGGAACUGUCGGAGCUUCCGCAAGUGAGCCUCCUUCCCAACAGGACCGUUACUCUGAUUCUGAGCAACAAUCGUAUCCGAGCGCUGAGAAAUGGGUCCUUCCUUGGACUCACAGCUCUGGAGAAGCUAGACCUAAGAAACAAUUUGAUCAGUACCAUCAGUCCAGGAGCCUUUCGGAGUUUGACGAGCCUUCGAAAAUUGGACCUCUCUGACAACCGAAUUGGCUGUUUGACUGUGGGAGUGUUCCAGGGACUCACCAAUCUCACUAAACUAAACCUCUCUGGCAACAUUUUCUCCACUCUGGAGCCAGGACUUUUCCAGGAGCUACCCUCCCUGAAGCUGGUGAACUUCAACUCGGAGUUUCUGUCAUGCGAUUGCGGUCUUCGCUGGGUGCCUGGCUACUUUCACUCCAGCUCUGCUCGUCUGGGCAGUGAGACAUACUGUGCCUAUCCUAGAAAGCUGCAUGGGAAACCUUUGCGUGGCCUGAAGGAGACUCAUCUGAACUGUGAUGGACCCCUGGAAUUGCACACACUGUCCCUCCUGCCCUCCUUGCGCCAGGUAGUAUUCAAAGGGGACAGACUGCCCUUCCACUGCACCGCUGCCCUGGUGGAUAAAAGCACUACGCUGCACUGGCGCCACAAUGGCCGGAUGGUGGCCUCUGACCCUGAGCAGGGAAUCCAUCUAGAAGACAGCAUUGUGCAUGACUGCACCUUCAUCACUAGUGAGCUGAUCCUCUCCAACGUGCAUGUGGAGUCCACUGGAGAGUGGGAAUGUGCAGUGUCCACUGGGCGUGGUAACACCUCCCGCAGUGUGGAGAUAGUUGUCCUGGAGAAUAGUGCCUCUUUCUGCCCUGAAGAAAAAGUGACCAACAACCGCGGAGAGUUCAGGUGGCCUCGCACCCUGGCUGGAAUCACCUCCUACCACUUCUGUCUGCAGUUGCGCUAUCCCUCCAUCACCAUGAGUGGUGAUCAAGAGCAGAAGAAGGCCUCACGCUAUUGUGACCGCUCUGGGCGGUGGGAGGAGGGCGACUAUUCCCACUGCCUCUAUACCAAUGAUAUCACUCGAGUACUGUACAACUUCAUCCUGAUGCCCAUCAAUGCCUCCAAUGCGGUGACCUUAGCCCACCAGGUUCGCACAUACACCCUGGAGGCUGCAGAGUUCACCGAUACUGUGGAUGUACUUUAUGUGUCCCAGAUGAUGUCCAAGUUCAUGGAGUACAUCCGGCAGUCACGGGAGUUGUCAGAGAUCUUGGUGGAGAUGGGCAGUAACCUGAUGCAGGUGGAUGAUCAGAUCCUGUCCCAAGCACAGCAAGAGGAGAGGGCCUGCAGUGCCGUUGUGCACUCACUGGAAACCCUGGCCUGGCCUCAGCUCCACGGCAAUUCCCAAGACCUCUCCAUGGUCUCCCGCAACAUCGCAGUAGAGGCCCACCUGAUCCGACCCGCCCACUUCACUGGCAUGAGCUGCACAGCCUACCAAAGGCGCGAAACCUCGACUGGUAGCUCUGGACUAGAAGGGGGAGAACCAUCCAAUGAGCAGCAGCUCAGGAUCCGCUGCACCACUGGGACUCACAAUGUCUCUCUUCACACCUUCCCCCUCAAGAAUGCUGUGGCCCUGGCCUCUGUGUCGCUCCCCGCCUCCCUGUUCCCCCCAGACGCUCCCCCUGAGUGCAAGCUGCAGUUUGUGGCGUUCCGCACCGGCCGUCUCUUCCCCCUCACGGGCAACUCCAGCAGCCCGAGCGAGCAUGGCCGCCGCCGCAGUGUCAACACCCCUGUCAUCUACGUUGGCUUGGACGGGUGUCACAUGUGGAACCGGUCCGAACCUGUGACGGUGUCCCUGCGCCACAUAUCCCCGGGCAGUGACCCCACUGCGGCCCAGUGGACGCUGCAGGUCCCAGAACAGCAGGGCGGCUGGAGCCAGGAUAGCUGCCAGCUGGCUCACAGCGAUGCCGCUGUAUCCACCCUGCGCUGCUCAGUGCUCAGCAACUAUGCCGUACUCCAGAUUUCCUUUCAGAUGGUGCCAGACUUCCCCAGCACACCUGGUGUACCUGUGGAGCUCCAUCCAGUGGUCUAUACCUGCACUGCUGUGCUGCUACUGUGCCUCUUUACUAUCAUCAUCACACACAUACUGCAUCACAGCUCCAUCCACAUCAGCAGGAAGAGCUGGCAUACACUGCUUAACACUUGCUUCCACAUUGCCAUGACAACAGCUGUCUUCACGGGGGGCAUCACCUUGACGGGGUAUCCAGUGGUGUGUCGGGCGGUUGGCAUUGCCCUGCACUACUCCUCCUUGUCUACGCUGAUCUGGAUUGGAAUCAGCGCUAGGGUCAUCUACAAAGAGGCUGUCUGGAGGUUGCCCCGGCAACAGGAGGGCGAGUCUCCCCUCCCUCCCACUCAGCGGCCCAUGCUCAGGUUUUACUUAAUAGCCGGUGGGCUUCCGCUUAUCAUUUGUGGGAUAACUGCAGCUGUCAACAUCAACAACUAUGGGGAUGGUAGCCCUUACUGCUGGCUGGCGUGUCGGCAAAGUCUUGCUGCCUUCUUUGUGCCAGCAGGAUUGGCAACGUUGGUGACCUGGAUCUACCUGCUGUGCAUCGUGUCUCGCCUGCAGCGAUGGGGAUCCCAGCAGUCCAAAGAGCCCCCCAAUUCGGUCACUUCAGCCCCGGUGCCUGAGAGCCAGCCGGCGAUUGGUGGGAGCACCAGCCUGCUGUCCACAGACUCUGCAACAGGCAGCGCUCAGCCGGCACCAGUACCACAGGACCAGCACUCUCUUAAAGCUCAGUUUCUGGCCCUUGUGGCCACAUAUGCUCUGUGUGUGCUGUUGUGGAGCUGUGGGGCUCUGGCCGUGUGGCAGACGGGCCACAGCAGCCUGCUGUUCAGCUGUCUGUAUGGAGUGGCUGCCGUGGGGCUUGGCAGCUUCCUGCUAGCUCAUCACUGCCUUCUGCGUCUCGAUGUCCAGGCUGCCUGGCUGAGUUGCUGCCCGGGCUACCGCCGCUCAAGGUCCAUGACCACCUACAUGCACCCUGGAAGUGCUGGUUCAGUGGGGCAGGCCAGUGCUUCUGAACGAGGCUCACAGAUUUUUGUGAGUUGUGUGCCCCCUGGGGAAGCCCAAGGCUCUAUGUCUGCUCACUCCUCCUCUACUCCCAGUGCGGUCAGCAGCUUAGGCCCCGGACCCAGCAAGCUCACCAACCUGUUGCAGGUGGCACAGGAGAAUGCCGGUAACGCUGGCCGAGCCCCCAGCGGCACAAACGGCAGCACCAGCACCGACAACACCACCAAAGCGCCCAACAACAACUUGCUACCGACCACUGGCUCCACGACUGCUGUGCUGCCCCAGAGAAGGAAGGCUGGCGGGAGGACUAAGGGAAGCAGUGGCCAAUAUCACCAUCGAGGUGAGGGCCGAGGCCACUAUCGCCUCAGAGCCCUCAGGGGUGGUGGGGGCGGGGGCAGUGUUGGAGUUCUAGGACCCCCGGGCCAAGAACAGCACAACUUACAGCCAGCCCACAGACACGCCUCAAGUGAGAAUGGCAGUCUUCGCCACAGCCACUCAGGGAGCCAGACCAGCCCUCUUGUCAACGGGAGGCGACUAGGGGAGGCACCACCUACAAGCCCCUCGGAAGGCAGUGAUGGUGGCAGCAGUGGCAGCCGUAAGCCUUUCCCACUUCUUCCCUCAGUGGCCAGCAGGGCAGCAGCACAAAGUGCUCAGAGGCGCAGUGCCAGCCGGGAUAAUGUCAAGCUGGCAGCUAUGGCUGAAAGGGAGGCAAAGCGCAGCUCCUACCCUUUCAAUGGUGCUCCAGCAGCCCCCAAUGGAGCACUGAAGGGUUCUGGGCUGGAGCUGGACACAAGUGGCACAGACCGGUCGCAAGGUUCUGUAGGUAUGAAGGGUGGCAUCUGGAAAAGUGAGACCACUGUGUAACAUGGAUUAAUAAAAUGCUAGGCAGUCACCGAAGGAAAUCCCGUCCAUUUUUGUGUUUCUCAUAUUGUGAUUGCUGUACCCCUUUCCACAGGUUUAAAGCCUACAAAGAACGAGUAGCCAAGCAGGUCUCUUAAUGUAGCAAUGAUUUCAUGUGUCUCUUCAAGGAUUAAGGUAAUACUUUAUAAAGUUGUGAACAAUCUGGAGAGCUAGCACUUCUUAUUCAUCCGUCCUGGUAUCCUAUGCAGGGAUUAUCAGGAUAUGUGAGAAAGUGUUGAGGACUUACAUUGAGAAUAUGUACCUGCAUAUGUACUCAAAAGACUUUUUUAAAAGAUUUUAAAUAUGCUACAUAUUUCACUAUGAAAUAUACAGGAUGAA